AAUGACAUGCACAGCUCUAAGCCUUUCGGUUGCUUUGGGGUGCAGAUCCAUUUCAGAUAUGCUAAGGAGCAUCCUGUUGUGCGCAUUGCUCCGGCUCCUGCGCGCCCAGCCUUUCCCCUGCCCUCAAGCCUGCAAAUGUGUCUUCCGCGACGCCGCGCGGUGCUCCGACAUCAACGUGGUGCGCAUCGCGGACCUGGGUCUGCCCACCAACCUCACUCACGUCCUGCUCUUCCGAAUGGGCCGCGGAGCCUUGCAAAAUCAUAGCUUCAGUGGCAUGACGGUCCUGCAGCGCUUGAUGCUAUGGGACAGCCACAUCUCUGAUAUUGCCCCCGGUACCUUCAAUGACUUGACAAAACUAAAAACCCUCAGACUGUCGCGCAACAAAAUCACCCAUCUUCCAGAAGCUCUCCUGGAUAAGAUGGUGCUCCUGGAACAGUUGUUCUUGGACCACAAUGCACUAAGGGACAUUGACCAAAACAUGUUUCACCAAUUGGCUAACCUGAAGGAGCUCCUUUUGAAUCAGAAUGAACUCACUUUUCUUUCUGCUAACCUUUUCACAAAUCUGGGGAACCUGAAACUGCUGGAUUUAUCGGGAAACAAUUUGACCCACCUGCCCAAGGGACUGUUUGGAACACAGGCUAAGCUUGAGACACUUCUGCUCCACUCCAACCAGCUCGUCUCUCUGGAUUCAGGGCUGCUGGACAACCUGGACGCCCUGAUCGAGCUGCAGCUCGACAAAAAUCACCUCCGUGCCAUCGCGGCUGGUGCCUUCGACCGUCUCCGGAACCUGAGGAUCUUGUCUCUUUCGAGAAACCACCUCGGGUUUCUGCCCCCCGCACUCUUUCUUCAUUCUCACAGCUUGACUCUGUUGACCCUGUUCGAGAACCCGCUGGAAGAGCUCCCCGACGUGCUCUUCGGGGAGAUGGCCGGCCUGCAAGAGCUGUGGCUGAACGCCACCCAGCUACGCACGCUGCCCGCCUCCGCCUUCCGCAACCUGAGCGGCCUGCACACCCUAGGGGUGACAGUGAGCCCGCGCCUGAGCGCGCUCCCGCAGGGCACUUUCCAGGGUCUGGCUGAGCUCCGCGUGCUGGCCCUGCACUCCAAUGGCCUCGCCUCGCUCCCCGACGCCUUGCUGCGCGGCCUCGGCAGGCUGCGCCAGGUGUCGCUGCAUCACAACCGGUUGCAGGCCCUGCCCCGUGCGCUCUUCCGCAACCUCAGCAGCCUGGAGAAGGUCCAACUGGACCACAACGAGUUGGAGACUCUGCCUGGCGAUCUAUUUGGGGCUCUGCCUCAGCUGACGGAAAUCCUGCUGGGGCAUAAUCCCUGGCUCUGCGACUGUGGCCUGUGGCCAUUCCUUGAGUGGCUGCGGCAGCACCCGGGUCUAGUGGGUCGAGAAGAGCCCCCGAGCUGCCACGGCCCCGUGGAGCGCGCUGGCAUGUUGCUCUGGGCCCUCCUGGAGGGUGACCCCUGGUGCCCGAGCCCUCGGGGCGCGCCUCCCCGCCCUCUAGCAGGGAACGCCCUGGAAGCCCCCAUCCCCUCCUUGCUUCCUAACAGCGCAGAACCUGGGGCCCCCACCCAGCUGGUGGCUACCAGCGAACGUCAAGAUCACAGCCUCUUCUGGAGUCUGUAUUUUUUGCUUCUAGCUGCUCAGGCCGUCAUAACCGGCAUCAUUGUGUUUGCUAUGAUUAAAAUAGGCUGGCUCUUUCGAAAAUUAAUCAGAGAGAGGGCUCGUGAGUCAACUGGAAAACCUCGUCAUUAAAACCUGACCAGGGUAUUGUCAGAUGUGGCUCUGGGGAGAAUCCAGACGGGGCUGCUGUUCUCCCUUUCCUCCUCUCUGCCACUUUUCCCUCUCCCUUUUCUCCCCUCUCCUCCUCAGCCCUUCUCUUUCCCUCUCCUCAGAACUAACCUUUCCAUUUGUGAGUUACUAUCACUGUGCAGGCCUCUUGUCUCCCCUCUUUAAUACACUCCAUGGACUGUGAUUGGCCCACACUGUCCCACUAGCCCUGCUUGGUGUCUGGGGGAGAGGGAGGGUUUUGAAAUGUUUGAGACUACACUUUCUGCCAGGGCCUGACUCCCGCACAUGACAAGCCUCCUGUAAAUGUUUGUGAAAUGAACGAAUAAAAUAAAAUCUGA